GAAGAAGAAACAGAGAAGAGAGAAGCCAAAACUCUUUCCUUAAAAAGGGAAAAAGCAAGUUCCAACAUAGCAAGCAUGGAUUGGUUACAAUGCCCCUAUCACUAUAAUAGUUCUCCUCUAAAUCCUACAAACGUCUCAUCAAAAUGUUUUGCGUGUUACGAAAAAAACCAUGAUAACAAGUCAGGCUACAUGUGUAAUUUAUGCAGUUUUUAUGUCCACGAGGAAUGCAUGAACACCACCAUUCCUUCUCGUCAUAAACACCCUCUCAAGAUCGCAAGGUACAUCUACGACAUCAACCCAUGUUAUUGUUCUCUAUGUGAAACAGGAUUCACGACGAAGUAUAAUUAUCAAUGUUCACAAUGUUCUUUUGUCAUAUGUAUACCUUGUGCGAGAAAACCUCUGAUCAUUAACGAAGAUAAAGACCACAAGCAUGAACUCCAACAAAUACCUAUAAAGCUCUCAUUCACUUGUGAUGCGUGUGGGUUGUGCAGUACCGAUCAAUACCCGUGUAUUUGUCAGCAAUGUUGUUUCAUCGUCCAUAGAAGAUGCCUCCACUUUCCACGUGUUAUAUGCAUCAAUCGACAUGACCAUCGUAUCUCUUAUGUUCGUUCUCUUGGCCCUGGGAAGUGGAUAUGCGGUGUAUGCCGCAAGUUUGUUAAUGGAGAGUGUGGAGCAUAUUCUUGCUUGAUUUGCCCUAAUUAUGUUGUUCAUUCAAAAUGUGCAACAAAACGUUAUUCUAUUUGGGAUGGGAGAGAUCUCGAAGGGUAUCCCGAAGAAGAUGAAAGUAAGCCAUUCGAAGUGAUAGAUCAAAACCUAAUAAAACAUUUUAGCCAUGAACACAAUCUGGAGGCUUCAAUAUCAAUAGUAAGACUUGAGGAAGAUGCCUUCCCACGUGAGGAAGAUAAACAUUGCUAUGCAUGCACCAUGCCCUUAUAUUCUGAAUUGAGCUACAAAUGUACACAAUGUGAUUUCAUUCUUCAUGAUGCAUGCGCUAAUCUCCCUCGUAAGAAAAGACACGGGGUUAGCGCAGACCAGCUGACUUUGAUUGCCAAAGUGGAUCAUACGGGUAGGUAUGGCUCUUACUUUGAAAACUAUUUCUGGUGUGCUAUUUGUCUACGUUAUUGCACCGGUUUUGCGUAUGGCAAUUUUCUUCAUCGAAUUGAUGUGCGAUGUGCUUCUAUAUCCAAUGAAUUUAAACAUGAAAGUCAUCCUCAUUGGUUAUUUGUAUCUCCCGAAGAAAAAAAGGAAGACAUGAGGUGUAAAGUUUGUCAAUACGUGGUCCAAUAUACCCUUUAUCUACGUUGUAGUGAUGUGAGGGAUUGUGACGGCUACAUUCUAUGCUUUAGAUGCGCUACUCUACCAACAUCGGUAAGACACAAAUACGAUGACCAUCCUCUCUACUUACAUUACGGUGAAAAAAAUGUGAAUUCUACAUGUUGUGGGAUAUGCGAAGAGGAAAUAUAUUUAAAAGGUUGGUUCUAUAGAUGCAAUGAUUGUGUCUCUACUCUGCAUACUGAAUGUGUAUUUAAAAAUCUUCUACAUUCAAGACCUGGAUACAGUUUAGUGAAGUGCAUGUGGGGUAAUAAGAUGACAUUUGAUUUGAUUCCGAACCGUCUCUCUCGGCCGAUUUGCUACUUGUGUAAGAAUCGUUGUGCAGAUGAUUUGGUUCUCAAGAAAAAGGCGGAUAAAAAUCUAUUCAUGUGUUUUUCAUGUGGAUUUAAUUGACUUAUAUGACUAGAGUGAAGAAAGCUACCAGCUAUUGAUAAAAAGUACCAAUACUGAUUUCUAUAUUAUAUAGUCACAUUCUAUUAAGUCUCUUGUAAUAAAAAGCUUAGAUAUUAUAAUUGUAAUGAUAAAAUAAUCUUCACAGAUAAAGUAAGAAAAAUAUCAUCCUUUAAAUAAAUAACUAGGAUUUAACCCGCGGUAUCCCGCGGGCGUAGAUUUUGUGCGGUUUUCUUAUUAAGUAGUUGAUUAUGUUUUAUGUUCAACUGGUAUAAACUUGGUUUUUAAAUUAAAUCAUUUUUAACUAAUAAGUGGUA